UUCAUCAUGUUAGUUGCCCAGGAGACUUAUGAAUAGGCUGGUCAAGUAAAGGAGACGGGGGAAGAGGGCCCUAGCCUAGGGAAUCAGUCAGCAGAGGCCCAAGAGAAGUCGCAGACCUUUACCCCCUGACAUUCCUCAGGGCAAGAUGGGGCAGCAGUUCAGCUGGGAGAAGGUGGAGACAUCUGGGGAGAUGGACGUGGCCGAGCUCCAGGAGUGGUACAAGAAGUUUGUGAUGGAGUGCCCCAGUGGCACCCUCUUCAUGCACGAGUUCAAACGCUUCUUCAAGGUCACAGACAACGAGGAGGCCACCCAGUGCGUAGAAGGCAUGUUCCGAGCCUUCGACAAGAAUGGGGACGACACCAUCGACUUCCUGGAGUAUGUGGCGGCCCUGAACCUUGUGCUGAGGGGCUCCCUGGAGCACAAGCUGAAGUGGACCUUCAAGAUCUACGACAAGGACGGCAACGGCUGCAUCGACCGCCUGGAGCUCCUGGACAUCGUGGAGGCGAUUUACAAGCUGAAGAAAGCCUGCCGCGUCGAGACAGAGACAGAGCAGCAGGGCCAGAUGCUCACACCUGAGGAGGUCGUGGACAGGAUCUUCUACCUGGUGGAUGAAAAUGGGGACGGUCGGCUGUCCCUGAGUGAGUUCGUGGACGGUGCCCGUCGUGACAAGUGGGUGAUGAAGAUGCUGCAGAUGGACAUGAAUCCCAGUGGCUGGAUCACUCAGCAGAGAAGGAAAAGUGCCAUGUUCUGAGGGGCCAGGCCCCGGGAAGCCUGUGGCAGUUCCAAGACUGCAGGCUCAUCCAAGUUUUCAGAGUAGCAGGAGAGUCCCUGGGCCAGCCUGCUCCUGCCCACACUUUCCCUGGUUCGGACUUGCUGGCACUCCCUGGGCAGGAGUGAGUGGGGCCAGGAAGGGCACAGUCCUUCCCUGGUGGGCAGGGACCAAUGGGGCGGAGCCCAGUCUGCAGGGCUGAUGGCAUUCAGCUGCCCCCACGGUGGCUCAGGGGAAAGUAUGCCUUGGCCAGGAGACUGUAGGGGCCCCUCCGAUUUCUAGGUGUUCUCAGUUGGAAGCAGGGGCCACCUGAGUAGCAGAGGCCCCAUAGACCAAAUCAGAAUGAGGACCACACACUUACGGAGUGGAAGAGGAAGGAAGCAGGGCUGGGAGGUGUUGAAGCUGAAGAGAAGGUAGGAGUGGGAAUCCCAAGGAGUGCCCACAGGGAGGACCCUGCCCACCUCCUCCCCAGGCGUCCUCAUCAGGGGUGUUAACAAGGGAAACUUCAGAAAAUAAGAUGGCAGGCUGUGGUCCUCCGCUGUAGAGGCUGCUGUGCUUAAAGGGGCUGCUUGAGCCCUGCCUGGUGCUGCCCUCCAGCCCUGCUCCCCCACCCUCUCCCCCACCCUCCAUCUUUAUCCACCCUCUCCACCUCUCCCCCACAUCCCCAACAGGGACCUUGCUCCAUUCCUUUAGAAGAUGGAGAACCGUCUCUGCUUCUGGGGAGAAUCGGGGAUCUGCGGAUCUAAGUUCUAGGCCAGACUUUGCCUCCAAUGGCCAUGGGACUCCAGAAGGCCAUUUCUCUUCCCCAACCUUGUGCAGCUUGGAUUCGACAGCAGUUUUCAGAUUGUCGUGUUUUUAGAUGUGGCAUUCUUUUCCGGUAUAUAAACUCUUGUACAACCCUAAUAUAGACACUAAAAGAGAGACCUUCUAGUUGAAGGAGGUUGGGAGCUCAGAUCCCUCCUACCUCUAGAGACUCCAGAGACACCUCUGAGAACAGAAUGUGGAAACCAGCACCCUGAGCAGUGUUACCCUGUGAGACGGUUUGUGGUGGGAUCUGGAAGCAUGUUUGCUUUACCUUGAGUAGAUAUGCUUGUGUGUUGAUGCAUAAAAAAUAAAACAAACCUAUUGAACCUGA